GUCUUUGUCAUGACGAUUAUGACUGUCGUCUGCCUCCCUGCUGACAACCAGAUGGAAAAUGUUGUCGUGGAAAGGGACGUCUCUGUAGUUCCCGUUGACAACGAACAAAUGACCAGAGAAGACAUUGACCAGUUCCUGAGAGAAAUGAAAAAAUUGAAUCAACAUAUUUCCACCACGCUUCAGGCCCAGAAUACUACAACAUCCCAGUCUCACGAAGCCUCUGUCGAAGCGGUUUCUGCAUUGUUUAAUACCGUGAUUCCACUGGCUAUCGGUGUGGCAUCAGCCGGACUUUUGGUUAUACUAGUUACAGCUGUGGCUAUAUUCCUUUGUUGUAGGAACAAGAAAAAUGAGAAGACAGAUUUGAUUCUAAAUAAAGAACUCAAUAGAUGGGACCCACAACUUCUGCGACCAAGCAAGGAACAUAUUGACGCUUUUUAUUUCGGUCCACCUAUUCCGUCCGUUGCUGAAAUGAUAAAACAAUGA